GCACGGCGGCGGGGCACUGGAGAUGUUUAGCAGAUCGGCGUUGCCGCGCCGGACGCGUGGACCCGACGGGCGACGUGGCGAGGACGCGAGCCGCGUCCUUGCGUACGUGUAACAGCGUUGUGCGAUUGAACGGAGCUGGCGUGGCUGGCGCCGUGCGUCAAGCAGACCGGGUCGGGUCGGCUGACGGUCCAUGAUCAUGUGGAAGGCCUCCAGCCUCCCGCGCGAGGAGGUGGACCAGCGGCCGGCCAGCCGCGGUCGCCGGCCGCUGCUCUCCACCUCGCUGCUGAGCCUGCACCGCCGGCCGAACCGCAGCGCUCGACUGGCCACCAGUCUGGCCAGCCUGGCUCGCAACGUGGUGGACCUGCGCUCGGAUGAGCUCGAUCCUGCGCCCCGCAGGGAGGCCAAUGCCGUCGCCGCCGCCACCACCUGGCACCAGAAGGUGUACCGCUCGCUGAAGCCGAGGAAGGCGGCGAAGGGCAGCGAGACGCUGGCCUGCUUCCUCUGCACCAGGAGCACGUAUAACACCGGCUUCGUGGUCGUGCACGGGGUCCGUCUGCACAUCAACUGUCUGCGCUGCGCCAGGUGCCAGAUUCUGCUCGAGGUCGGGGACUGCCAGAUCAGGUCAGUCCAGUGGGCUCACCAGAGCCCAGGGGUGCAGCUGGGUCGGAGCGGGGCAAAGCCAGAGGUGUCAUAA